UUUACUUUGGGUGCAUUCUUGGCAGUCCAGAUGUUGAAAACACCUCAGAGUGAAGAACAUAUGGGUGUUCAUUGCAAUCCUAGGAAUGCAGAGAUUUGGUGAUGAAGUCUCUACACACACUCCUGUGGCUAGUUCUCUUGUUUGUUAUAACCUUUACGUUGAUAUUACCUCCACUGUGUAUAAGACUGCCUUUUUCAAAAUUCUACUACCUUUAUAGCAAUAAGGAUGACAUUUCCAAGAAAGCGGAACUUCUCAAUGCAGAGCGAUACAAGAAAUCCCUUGCCUAUUUUUCCUCACUGCAUUCCAAGUCAUCAAAACAAUUCUAUCUCGACAUGAAAAAGUCAGGUCACCUUGACCUAGUUGUGGCUAUUAUUACUGUCAAGAGAAAGGAUGGAACUCUUGGGUACCUCACCCAGUCAGUCGCAAAAAUGGAUAGAUUACUAAAGGAAGAUAGGAAUUUUGAAAGAAAAUUCAUGUUCAUUUGCAAUGUUGAUCAGAAUCUGUAUGGACAUGAGGAAGCAAGGAAGCUAGAGAAAUUCAUACCUGUCCAAUAUCGCUUUAAAAAUUCUACAGGAGUACAUCACAACAGUCCUCACAAGGUGCUAUAUCAUCUUCAGAAAAAUUUUGAUACUUACCAAAAAGAAACCAUAGACUACAUGUUUUGCUUAGAAAUGGCACAUUCUAUGAAUCCUGAUUAUGUGUUACUAAUGGAAGAUGACACACUUCCUCUUCCAAUGGCUCUGGAUGUAGUGAACACAAAGUUAAGAUGGUUAACCUUAUUCAAAAGUGAACCUAUGAAAAACUUUGCUUUUAUUAAGUUAUACUAUCCUCCUAAAUGGCAAGGUUUUGCAAAUGAAAUGAGAAGAAUUCUAGAAGUGAUAGCUAUUGGAAUGGUAGGGGGAGGGUGCUUUUUGAUUUUUGCUAUUAGGAAAAAGAUACUUACGCAGUAUUUAUACUUUGUAUUUGGUGCUAUAUAUUUUAUAAUUUUUGCACUGUUGUUAGAUCGACAAAAUGUUCUUGAGCUACGCAGGAUAGCAUCUCAGUUGUAUUCACUAAACAUAUCUCCUGGUUGCUGCACACCAGCCAUGUUUUAUCCAAAAUGGGUCAUUCCGAAUUUGCUCAAUUAUUUAGCUGAUGAUAACAACAAACAUCAUACAGACAUUGCAAUUUAUAAUUUCUUAACAAACAAAAAUCUCACGGCUUAUCAAAUAGAACCUAAUUUGUUUGCUCACAUAGGAAUGUAUACUUCUAUUCAUCAAAAUUCUCGCAAAGAUCCACAAGAGUUCAUAUUCAGUAUGUACUGAAAUUAAUAUUGCAUGCAGGUGUAAAUUUUUUCCAUGGAAAAGGAUACAUAUGGGCAGGGAUCGACAUUAACAGUUUCC